AUGAACUUGAUGGAGUUUAAUCAGUCUGAUCGCUGUGAGCAUUUCUCCUGUCCAGAGAGAUCUGUAUCUCCUGCAGUUUAUAUCUUACUGUACGUGUGUUCAGCUGCUGUGGUUCUGCUAACAGUGUGUGGAAAUCUGCUGGUCAUCAUCUCUGUUCUUCACUUCAAGCAGCUUCACACACCAACCAACACGCUGGUGCUCUCUCUGGCUGUGUCGGAUUUUUUCAUUGGCACUUUUGUUAUGCCAUCAUUAUUAACCUGGUCAAUCGAGUCUUGCUGGAUUUCUUGGAAAGUUUUCUGCAUUGUUUUUUUGUUGAUUGCUGGAUUCCUUACAACCUUAUCCAUCUAUAAUGUGGCUCUGAUUGCUGUAGAUCGGUAUUUGGCUCUCUCAAACCCCUUUUUCUAUACAAAGACAAUCACUGUGAAAACAAUAUGCACUGUGGUUUCAUCUAACUGGUGUGUGUGUAUGGUGUAUACCAUAACAUUUCAUUAUUUCAGUGGAAUCUUUACGAGUUUUGUACUGUGUCCUGGAGAGUGUGUGUUCAUUCUGACUGAAGUUGGGUCUGUUAUUGACCUUGUAAUUUCCUGUAUUUUUCCCCUUUCUGUCAUAAUCAUAUUGUAUACUCUAGUGUUUGUGAUUGCUAAGAAACAUGCCACUGCUAUCAGAGAGCUUAAUAAUCACACACGACCUAAAACACAGAAAAUCACCUCACACUCCAUGAAAUCUGAGAGAAAAGCAGCUAAAGUCCUCGGCAUUUUAGUGUCUGUGUUUCUGGUGUGUUUACUUCCAUAUUUUAUUUACAGCUUAUUAGGUAAUGUUAUUGAACUACAGACAGAAACAAUUCAGAAAAUCAUGAUUGUGGGUUAUAUAAACUCCACCAUUAAUCCAGUUAUUUAUGCUCUGUAUUACCCGUGGUUUAGGAGGUGCAUUAAGUUAAUCCUGACUCUACGAAUAUUGCAACCAGACUCUGCAUUAAUCAAUGUUCUUUCAUGA